AUGGCAGAACCAUCCCUCCCCAAACAAACACUAAACGUGCUCGCCAACUCAUUCACCCCCCUGAACAACAUCAAGCAAGGCGUCAAAAAAGUCACAUCCAAAAUAGAAGCCUUACCAAAAAAGGGAAUAAAGCGCAAAUCCAAAUCCGCCAAACAAUCUCAACCACCCACAUCAGACGAGGACAACAACUCCAAAAAACCACGCCAACCGCCCUCCCGCGCAUCCGGCGGAAUCCCCUCCCCCUCAACCCGCUACCUCACCCAAUCUCUCCCACCACCCACCCUCCUCCCCAACCCUCGUCGCAUCCUCGUCAUCCUCGACCUCAACGGCACUCUCCUCUACAGACCCUCACGCCGGCGCCCAUCCACAUUCAUCGAACGCCCUCACGCGCGGGCCUUUCUAAAAUACUGCCUCGACACAUUCUACCUCGCAAUAUGGUCGUCCGCACGUCCCCAAAACGUGAACAACAUGGUCGCCCAGCUUCUCACGCCAGAAGAACGCGACAAGUGUCUCAUCAUAUGGGCCCGAGACCGCUUCGGCCUCUCGCAGCAGGACUACGAUACCAGAGUCCAGGUCUACAAACGGCUGUCCCUGGUGUGGGACGACCCGCAGGUCAGAGCAUCGCAUCCCGACGCCAAAACCGGCGGACGCUGGGACCAGUCUAACACGGUGCUGGUGGAUGACUCUCGUGAGAAGGGGAGAGGUGAGCCGCAUAAUAUUCUGCCUAUACCCGAGUUCUCUGGGUCGCAGGGGGAGCCGCCGAAUGUGUUGCCCCAGGUUCAUGACUACUUGAAUGCCUUGUGCCUCCAGGCCGAUAUUAGCAGGUACAUGCGCGAGAAUCCGUUUGCUCUGAACUCCGAAUAUACAUUGCCUGCGGCUUCCUGCUAG